CCGCCCGGAGCUCCGUCCCCAGCUUCCCACGUCUCCGUCUCUCUUUGAGCGUCUCGGUUGCGGGGUCUCUCUCCUCACCUCCCCGUCUCUGCUCCGCCCCCGUCUCUGUGUCUCCGGCCGCCUCUCGGCGUCCCGGUCUCUCAGUGACGCUCGCUCCCUGCUCACGUCCCCUCUGGCUCCGUCCCCCCGGGACUCCGAGCCUCUCACCCUAUCCCGUCCCCCGCCCCGGUACCCCCUUCCCAGGACGCCGCCGGGGCCAUGGCUGCGGGGCCCGAACUUUAAACUCUUCUCCCCGGACCGGUGCGGAUGCGCAAAGCCUGGAAAGGCUGGCUCCACCAUGGACUGUAGCUGCGUCUCCGACCUUCUCUUCGCCCCACCUGCCCUGCCGGCUCUCUGGACCCCUGGGUUUGCCUUCCCGGAUUGGGCCUACAAGCCCGAGUCCUCCCCCGGCUCGAGGCAGAUCCAGCUGUGGCACUUUAUCCUGGAGCUGCUGCAGAAGGAGGAGUACCAGGGUGUCAUCGCCUGGCAGGGGGACUACGGGGAAUUCGUCAUCAAGGACCCCGACGAGGUGGCUCGGCUCUGGGGGAUUCGCAAGUGCAAGCCCCACAUGAACUAUGACAAGCUGAGCCGGGCUCUGCGCUACUACUACAAUAAGCGGAUUCUCCACAAGACCAAAGGGAAGAGGUUCACCUAUAAGUUCAACUUCAGCAAAGUCGUGCUUGUCAAUUACCCACUGCUGGACGUGGCAGCAGCCACGACGGGCUCCCCACUCUUGCUGACCCCUGGUCCAUUUGGGGGUGCCACUGGGCCAGAUGCUCCUCCCCUCACCCCCGAGACCCUGCAGACGCUGUUCUCUGCCCCACGCUUGGGAGAGCCGGGGGCUCGGGCGCCCCUGUUCACCCCCGACACAGACAAACUGCGUCUGGACAGCCCUUUCCCGUUUCUGGGCUCCGGUUCUGCUGGCUAUUCCAAGCCCCCCGGCCUGCUGGGUCCCUUCGGCCGCGCCUUCCCAGAGCACCCCUGGAACUUUAGCCCGUACCUCACUGGCCCCUUCCCCAAGCUGCCCCCCCCACUCUACCCCCCCCACUUCUAUCCCAACCCUCUGGCCAGUUCCCUGGGCCACUUGCCCACAGCAGGGGCAGGGGGAAGCCCCACCGCAGCGCCCCUACUGGCUGCCACUGGGGAGGGCCUGGGCCCUGAACGCCCCUCGGGCCUGGCAGCAGCUCCUCGCCUGGCGCUGGCGGGGGGCGCUGCGGGCCCAGAGGCCUCGCUGGGUGGGAAGGAGGACAGCGACUCAGAGCUGGAGAUCACGGACGUCAGUGGCUGCAGCUCUGACAGUGAGGGCGAUGAGGGCCUCCCUGCGCCCCCCAAGGCCAAGACGGGCAAAGGGGGGGUUGGCAGCUGAGCCAGCAUCAGGUGAUGGGUUCUGCCGAGGCGGGGGUCAGGGCGGCCGCCUGAGCAGCCUCUUCUGUGGUCCGGUCUGCCCUUGAUGUCCUGCCUGAGGCUGAGGACUAGCCCUCAGGCCCAGGCACAUGGCUGCCCGUCUUCUUUCCCAACCCCAGACUGGGGGUCUCACCUCCUCCUUCAGAAAGGGGAGGGGACACGAUGGCCUCCAGCCUCCUCCCCAGGCUCCAGUUUGAGGGGGGUCCCUGCCUGGCCCCGCUCCUGAAGUGCAAUAUGGCGCCCAGCCUCCCCUUCCCACCUGCCCCUGUGCUGUGACCUGUGUGUUUGUGCGGCCGUGUCCUCCCCUGUGCCGGCCCCAGUCCUGAUCCCCCCCCCG